AAAAAACCUUUAAUAAAUCCCUCCCGAUUGGGAAAAAAGGAAUAGGAAAAUCCUCCUUGAGGAACUGCAAUCCCUAACCCUAAACCCUUGACCGAAUUCUGUUCAUUGACAACGCUCCCCAUUUACUCAGUUUUGUUAAAUUACUGAUUCGGUUUCUUUCGGAUUACGAUCAGCCAUGGACGUUGACCAUUACAGCGUCCUGGGAUUACCUUCCGGCGAGGAAGGAGCCAGUUUAACCCCAAAGGAAAUCACCAAAGCCUAUAGAGAAAAAGCCCGCGAUCUGCACCCGGAUAAACGCAAAGACGAUCCAAACGCCCAUGAAAACUUCAUAAAGCUGAAAUCUUCCUACGAAAUCCUCAUUGACGAAAAAGCCCGAAAGCUCUUCGAUGAUCUCCUUCGCGUGAAACGUGACCAGCAACGCCGUUUUGCUCAGCAGGACUCGAAACGGCGGAAAAUGAUGUCGGACUUGGAAGAUAGAGAGCGUGCCUCGUUUGCUCCGGAUCCCAGUGUGCAGGCUAAAGCGGAAGAGGAGAGAAUUGCGAGGAAAUUGAAGGAGGAGAUUGCGAGGAUACGUGCUAUGCACGCGAAUAAAGGAGCGAGUACAGGGACGGGUCCAGGUUUGAAUAAAGAGACCGUGGGGAAAGAAGAGAAUAAUGGGGCCGGAGGCGGUAUGGGGUUGAAUAAAGAGAUGAUUUUGAAGGUUUCUUGGGAGAAAAUUGGGGAGGAUUAUACAGCACAGAAGUUAAGGGAAUUGUUUUCCAGGUUUGGGGAAGUUGAGGAUAUUGUAAUCAAAAGUUCCAAGAAAAAAGGGUCUGCUCUUGUUGUCAUGGCUACUAAGGAGGCAGCUAUUGCUGCUACAGGAAGUGUUAGUGGGAGUCUAUCCAAUCCAUUGCUUGUUGUCCCUCUUAAACCAGCCGUUGUCUCAGAUUUUCGAGCUCCACAGAAAGCCGAGGAAACUGAUCUUUCCAGUAAUUUGGUUGGGGCUGGUUACCAAGCUUUUGAAGAUGCUGUUUUUCAGAAACUGACGAAGGCUGCUGAAAAACAACAAAAAUGACUAAUCAAAUGCGUUGAGGAAGAGAGUUUCAAAUGCAUCAGUGGCUUAUGAUCCUCAGAAAUUCUAUGUAAAGCUACAUGUGCACAAAUCCCAGUCAAGCUCGUGAUUCACCUGACAAUGGUGCUUUGAUGGGAGCACAGUUGUUAUUAGGGGCUCUGGAUGACUCCUUUCCUUGAUUCAAA